GUAAACAUGCUGGCGAAGUGGUGUUUGCAGUUGUUACCGGCGUAAAAAGACGGAUAGAAAAAGUCCUUUAUGGAAACCUGCUGCCCAGAGUAGGCAUAGAAGGACUAAUAAUGACGUCCAAAAAGGAUGAUAGUGCUGGAAGUGUCCUACUUACGCCACUACUCGGAGUCAAGGCGAGAAAAAGCGACACCGUCGACGCUUCGAACUCCAUGCCAUCAAUUUGCUACCUUCCGUCGAGGUCUUCGAAAAAUUUGUUAGGAUUGGAAAGAGAGAGCGUUGAAAAUGCCACGGUAUCGCUACAUCAGGCGGCACGUGAUGGAAAACGGGACCUUGUUGAAAGGAGGCUGGAAAUGUUGGGUAAAGGAAACAAGAAGAUCAACAAAAAGGAUCAGGAGAACACAACAGCACUGCAUUAUGCUGUACGUUACAACCACCUUCACAUUGUGAAGUUGUUGUUAGAUUAUGGAGCAGACAUUGAAGCAAGAGGAGAAGAUGAUGCCACACCCCUUCACUAUGCUGCCAGAUUCCGACCAGUCCCUAGAAUAUAUGGGGGUACCCCCAGGCCCACACCCCAAGUCACACCCAGCCCCAGCAUGGAAAACAUCAGUGACAAUGGCUUAGUUCUAAAAAAGGACGACAAGAAAAAGGAAGGGGGCUCAGGCAGCUUUGGUAAAGGUACAAAGGAUCGUCUGCUUGGCUCACUGAACAACAAAAGAGAGAAGCUUGGAAAUAAACUCUUUCCUAAAGACUUCUUGACUGUAGAAAAGAGGAGUUCCUUUUCUAAAGAACCAACCAGUGCAUCGCCCUUUAUUGUAGAGACCAUGAUUAUGUACUUGUUGUCCCAGAAGGCCAAGGUCAAUGCACGAGACAGGUAUGGGUCCACUCCAUUGCAUUAUGCAGUCGCAAAAGGGAACCCAGAUGCAGUGAAAGAACUUUUGACAGAUCCAGGAAUUGACAUUGAGGCUAAGGAUAAAACAGAGAUGACCCCCCUGCAUGUGGCAUCAAGCCAGGGCUCCCUGUCUGUGGCUGAGUGUCUUAUUGAAGCUGGAGCUGACUUGAGAAGUUUGGAUGAAGAGCAGAUGACACCACUGCACUUUGCUUGCAUGGAAGGAAGUCUUGAAGUUGCCCAACUGCUUUUUAAGACAGCCGAAGAGAGAGGUGGUUGGUCCUUGGUAUCCAAGAUGGUCAUAGACCAAGAUCGCGAGGAACAAACCGCUCUUCACCUUGCGGUCGAGGAUGGUGACCAGAAGCUAGCCAAGCUUUGCCUUGAUAAAGGAGCAAACGUCAAUGCCCACAAGAUGAACAUGAGCACACCGCUGCACUUAGCGGCCACUGGGGGUGACUUGGAAAUCGUCAAGAUGUUAAUUGAACAUGAUGCAAACAUAGAAGCUAAGAAUGCCUCUCAGGAGACUCCACUGCACAGGGCAGCUCAGUUUAACAGAGUAAACAUCGUUGACUUUCUUCUGAGCGAAGGUGCUUUCAUUGAAUGCCGUGACAAAGACAAGGAUACGCCGUUGUUGAUGGCAGCAAGUAAGAAUCAUUUGGAAACAAUCAAAAGCCUUCUGAGCCACAAUGCUGAUAUAGGCGCCAAAGACAGCAAUGAUGAAACACCGAUAUACAGAGCAGCAUCUGAGGGAUGCAUUGAGGCGCUGGAGUUUCUUCUAAAAGAUCGCAAAGGCAAGACGCUAGUUGAAGAAUAUGAUAAGUACGAGAACACGCCACUUCAUGUCGCUGCCAAAAAGGGUUACGUUAGAAUUGUUCAGCUUCUUCUGGACAAUGGUUGCUGCAUUGAUAGCAAGAACGAUGGAUCUUUAACGCCACUUCAUUUAGCUGCCAAAUUUGGACGUAUAAGGACGGUGUGUGCACUUCUCAAGCGAGAUAUGUCGAUUAUAAAUGACGAAGACGAUGCUUCUAACACUCCACUGCACCUGGCCGCACUGCACGGGUAUGACAAAGUCGCCAAGGAGCUACUCGACAGGGGAGCGGCUAUUGAUGCCAGGAAUGCCAACCUUUGGACACCCCUGGAUUGCGCAGCAGCCAAAGGCUGGGUGGAGGCUGCUACCGUUCUUUUGGAUGAGAACUGUCCUGUGGACCCCACCGACAAGGCUAAGACCACUCCACUUCAUUUGGCAGCACGUGAGGGUCACGUGGAGAUGGUCAAACUGCUCUUGUCCAGGAAGGCGAACAUUACACUGACAGACAGUGCUGGGCGAAACUGUCUUGAUAUGGCCAUUGAGAACAACCACAAGGAAGUGGCGCUUGUUAUUAUCCAACACAACGACUGGAGACAAGCCAUGCGCAAUAAAACCAAAGACGGUACAACUAUUAACACCCCAAUGAGGAAACUGAUCAAGAAAUUACCCGAGGUUGCAGAGAAAGUUUUUAACAGGUGCGUCAAGUCGAAUGGGUAUCCUGUGGACCAUCCACAGUACGGCAUCACACUAAGCUACGAGUUCCUGGAUGAUGUAAGUCACGAGUGGGCUGGUUUUAUGACCUCAGACACAUCAGAUCACGAGGGAUCCGGUGUGGAUACAGUGAUGUACAAAAUCAAAUCUGCCUUGCCAGAGAACGCCAGUAAACAGGUGGAAAUUAAAAGCAACCAUCCUUUAAUGCUGAUGGUCACGAAGGAGCGUGUUAAGCUUCUCAGUCAUCCCCUUGUCACCUAUCUCUUGCGUUACAAAUGGCGCAGUUUCGGUCGCUAUGUGUAUUACGGUCGGCUCAUUCUGUACGGGAUUUUCUUGUAUUUCCUGACCGGCUACGCCAUGCUCACCACCAAGAGCAUACCUAUAGCAGAGUGUCACGACAUACAGUGCACGUGCAACGUGACUUUUGCAGGAGGAUCGACUGGUAGCCAAAUUAUGUGGAGAACAAUUGGUCGGCCUGUGGUGCUUGUUACGACAUCUAUAAGCUUAUUUUUAGAGAUUUUUAAAUUUUUCUACAUGUGGAGGCUCUACUUCCAAUGGAACAGACUUAUUGAAGUGUUAGCUUACGUUUUCUCAAUGAUCUACGUAAUAGAUGACUUCCAACUUGACAGAACAAGCUUUACGAUAUUCAAGGGAUCAAGGCAAGUUGGAUAUUAUUUUCUAUUUCUUCUUCUUCUUUUUUUUUUUUUAUGUCUCAUUAUUCCUUCCAUAGGGUUGGCGCGCCUGAAAUUUGAAUUGAGCAAAACAAAAUAAGUUGAACAAAAAAAAUAUGUUGGCCAGAAUAAAAUAUGUUGUUCCAAGUUGAAGUAAACCCAGACUUCUCGAGUUAAGUAUAGAAGAGGUCAAAGCAACUUUAGCAUUGUCUUUAUUCCUGCUAGCGAGUUGGGUGGUAUUUGCCGGAGUCGUCACAUCGAAAAUUUAUUUUCGUGGACGUCGAAAGUUUCGUCUUCGAAAAUUCGGGAUCGAUCGUGUCCGAAGUUUCGUGACAUCUUCGUUAUCGAUCUCAUGGCGGAAAGGCCGCCAACUGGUCCAGAAACUCUAACGGUAAGAAUUAGCAGCAAUGCUAAAUCUCAUUGACACCUAAAUAAAGUUAUUAUUAUUACAAUAUUAGUUGCCUAACACAGUAACGCAGUGAUUCUUUGUUUGAUGAAGCAUGCUUCGUUCUUUAAGUGUAAUUUUUCAAACAAUCAUGGAUAAAACAAAAUGUUAGUUUUCCCCGCUCGUGAAACCCUCGCAUUGCUUGUAAGAGAUCAGAUGUAAUUAUUUCAAUUUGUUUAGGUUUUACAACAGUCAUUAAAAAGUCUCUGGUUUUUAACCAU